CAGAGUGAUGAAGAAGAGGAGGAGGACUAGGAGGAGGAGGAGGUUGCCACGUGAUUGGCUAGGCGGAGGCUGCUAGUCCGGCUUGUGUUGUUCCUUGGGUCUUCUUGUUUACACCUGGAGGACCGGAAACAAGUCCAGAGUGCCUCCAGCAGACUCGGCAGUACAGUCUGCGUUGAACAGGGCUAUCUGGCAGCACCUCGAUCUUGUCGGAGCGAGUAUUUUUUUUACAUUUCUUUUUUUUUUAAUUAUUAUUUUAACGAAUGCUUCUGUUUUGUUUCGUCUGCAACAUAUUCUAUUGAGCAUCAGUUUAUCACUCAGUCGCGGUCAAACUUUUUAGUGACUUUCUUGAAGGUGUCUUUUGUGGCUGUCAAUCUAAUCGCAACAGAACACGAAAACUGCUGGGAAUAUUUCCAUUUUGCAUUGCUAUCGCUUUUUUUGGCAAAGUUAUAUGCUGGAGGGAAUGCACGCCGUUACGUGUUUAUUGUAGCGGCUUAAGCGGAUACGUUCACUGUCACUUCGUGGUGGGAUUGGACUCUGUUUGAUAUUCUCCUACAACUCUUUUCUGGACAAGAGACACUCGGUGUGGCCAUCCCACGCGUGUGCGCAUCCUGGGACGCCUCGCAGCAGUCUAAGCGGAAAUGAUGCUCUCUUUUCGGAUGCGGCGUGGACAAGCUUACGGUCCGAUUGUGCUUUUGCUCCUGGUCGGGAGUUAUGUCAUGUGUGAUACCGAAAGCAGCGACUACAGUGAUGCCGAGGUUCUUCCGGACUCGUAUCCAUCAGCACCAGUAGAACCUCUCCCGGAAUUCCUGCUUGAACCGGAGGAUGCUUUUAUCGUGAAGAACCGGCCCAUUCAGCUCCGUUGCCGGGCGUCACCUGCCACACAGAUCUACUUUAAGUGCAACGGGGAGUGGGUCAAUCAAAAUGACCAUGUCACAAGAGAGAGCUUGGACCAGGUCACAGGCCUCGUGGUGAGGGAGGUGGACAUCUCGGUAUCGAGGACCCAAGUUGAGGAGCUGUUCGGGUUGGAGGACUACUGGUGUCAAUGUGUAGCAUGGAGCUCAGCCGGCACCACCAAGAGCAAUCGCGCCUACGUCCGCAUUGCAUACUUGAGGAAAAACUUUGAGCAGGAGCCACUGGGCCGAGAGGUGCGGCUUGAGCAGGAAGUCCUGUUGCAGUGUCGCCCGCCAGAAGGCAUGCCCACCGCUGAGGUGGACUGGCUGAAGAACGAGGACGUCAUUGAUCCUUCGCAGGACUCCAACUUUCUGAUCACCAUCGAUCACAAUCUAAUAAUCAAGCAGGCCCGACUGUCAGACACGGCCAACUAUACUUGCUUGGCUCGCAACGUGGUGGCCAAAAGACGUAGCAGCACAGCGACGCUCAUUGUUUUCGUGAGCGGCGGAUGGUCAUUAUGGACCGAAUGGUCCGAGUGUAACACAAAGUGUGGGCGGGGCUGGCAGCGACGAACACGAAGCUGCACCAACCCCGCUCCCCUCAAUGGAGGAGCCUUCUGUGAAGGCCCGCCCUUCCAGAGAGUGACCUGCACCACACUGUGUCCAGUGGAUGGAGGCUGGACAGAAUGGGCCAAGUGGUCUGCCUGUGGCACAGAGUGCACCCACUGGAGAAGCCGCGAAUGCCAAGCGCCUCCACCCAGGAAUGGAGGCAAGCACUGCAGCGGGAGCAUGAUGGAGAGCAAAAACUGUACUGAGGGGCUCUGUGCACGCCAUAAAAAGGUUUCAAUUGAACAUGCAAGUCAUCCGCUGGCGCCAGAGAUGGGUGUAGCAGUUUACGCUGGUCUGGUUGGGGCGCUACUGCUGUGCAUGAUCCUGGUGCUGUGCGUAGGCGUGCUGGCUUACCGCCGCAGAUGCAGCCACCUGCACGGAGACAUCACAGACUCUUCAUCUGCCCUCGCCGCUGCCUUUCACCCUGGCAACUACAAGCCUCCCAGACAAGAUAACCUUCACCCUCUGCAUCCGUCCGCUCCUCCCGACCUGACGGCCACAGCGGGAGCAUUCCGUGGGCCGCUCUAUUCCUUGCAGCAGGGUGUUAACGAAAGCCACCACAAAAUCCCCAUGACCACCUCCCCAUUGUUGGAUCCCCUGCCCAGUCUCAAAAUCAAGGUGUAUAAUUCCUCCACGCUAUCGUCGCUGGAGAUCCCCGCUGAUAUGUGCUCAGGAGACGGCGACAUCCUCAGCCUGAAGUCGGUGGGCACCGGCGGGAGGGAGCGACAGUUCCAUAGCCACACGCUGUCCAGGGAGCCUGGGCUGAGUACCAGCGCCACCUUGGGGCACCUGGGGGGGCGCCUCACCAUCCCGAACACAGGUGUGAGUUUGCUGGUCCCGCCUGGCACCAUCCCCCAGGGGAAGUUUUAUGAAAUGUACCUCAUUAUCAGCAAAUGGGACAAAACGACUUUGCCAUCUGAGGGCAGUCAGACUGUGCUGAGCCCCGCAGUGAGCUGCGGUCCGUCUGCUUUGCUGCUCAAUCGCCCUGUUGUCCUCACCUUGCCACACUGUGCCCAGCUUGACACGCCAACACCUGACUGGACACUCACACUGAAGACGCAGACACACCAGGGAGCAUGGGAGGAGGUGCUGACGGUGGGAGAGGAAAGUUUGUCUUCUCCGUGCUAUCUACAGUUGGAGGAGGAGUGUUGUCAUGUUCUCAUGGAGCAGCUUGGCACGUACGGCCUGGUGGGUCAGUCGUGCCCCCCCCAACCGGCUUGCAAGCGCCUACAGUUGGCUUUGUUCGCACCCCGAGCGCCAUGCCUCUCCUUGGACUACAGCCUUCGCAUAUACUGCAUCCAUGACACCCCUCAUGCACUCAAGGAAGUGCUGGAUCUGGAGCGGAGUCUCGGUGGGGUCUUGCUGGAGGAUCCCAAGCCGUUGCUGUUUAAAGACAGUUACCACAACCUGCGUCUGUCCAUUCAUGACAUUCCUCACACUCACUGGAGAAGCAAACUCCUGGCCAAGUACCAGGAGAUCCCAUUCUAUCACAUUUGGAGUGGCAGUCAGAGACCUCUGCAUUGCACCUUCAGCCUGGAGAGAAGCAGCCUAGCUGUGUCACUGCUCUCUUGUAAAAUCUGUGUGCGACAAGUGGAAGGGGAGGGACAAAUCUUUCAGCUGCACACCGACAUCCAGGAGACUCUACCACCUCACUCGCCGCUCCCCGCAGCAGGCUCCUGUCUGCCCUCUUCUCAAGUAGGACCAUAUGCCUUCCGCCUGCCUUGCUCCAUCCGCCAGAAGAUCUGCGCCAGUUUGGACGCGCCGAGCGCCCGAGGGUGUGACUGGAGACUAUUGGCACGCAGUUUAGGCUUUGACAGGUACUUGAACUACUUUGCAACAAAGCCCAGCCCCACAGGAGUUCUCCUGGACUUAUGGGAAGCUUGUCACCAAGGAGACGCAGACCUGGUCUCUCUGGCGACGGCGCUCGAGGAGAUGGGCAAGAGUGAGGUGCUGGUUGUCAUGACGACAGAUGGUGAUUGUUGAUUGGUGAAGGAACAAGAACAUACAGUAAAUGUGACAAAUCAUAAACAUGCCUAUGAAAAUGUCCACUGCGACACAGAUGGCAAAGCAUUUUAGUUCCUUUUCCCUGUACUCUAUUACCUCUUGGACGCAUCUUCAUAAACUCAUUUGCAUAACCACUGGGUUUGAAUCCUCCAUAGCGGUGUGGGGGAUUUGAAAUCAGUUUUAAGAUGUUUUUUGUUUGGGGGAAAAGAAAAGUAAAAGUGUCUGUAAAUGACCACGUUAAUGUACUGUAUAUAAAUAGAGCUGCUUUCAGGGUAGAAAACAAAAAAAAAAGAAUGUGUUCAGCCCCCUGAAGUAUGAACAAUAAAACAAAAGCAGACGUGGGAUUACCCAUGUUUGGGUAGCAACAUGGAAGUGCAUGAUUGAACACCAUCACACCUCGGGACAGUCGCCUGAUUGUUUUGUCACCGAUGCAAAUCUCCAUUGUCAUGCGUGCGAGCACCGCGGGCUGCAGACGCACUCCAAAAAGAAAGCGGUCAUUAAUCGGCUCUCGCUCACGACUGUCUCGCAUUUCUCGCUUAUUGGUUGCGGACGAAUCAAACGAGGACGAAAACAAAGCGUUCGGGUUUGAGCGUCUGGCUUUGGGCUCUUCUUAUCUCGUCAAGUAGAAUGAGUGACUGUUUCUAUUGUACUAGCAAAAUGCCUCAAAGCCUUGGCGUGCACACUAUAUCAUUGCAACUGGCAGGGGGGUGCCUGUGCGUAAUCUCUCCUCCCACUUUGCCGCACUACCAUCCGCUGAGAAUAAAUUGCAAGAGUUUUCUGGUCAUCCUUUAAAAGUUUCCUUUGGGGAACGCUCUUUAAGUUAUCAUCCAUAUUUGGGAUCGUUUAUCUUUGCUGUUCUCUCUUCGCUUUUGUUUUGUCUGUGUACUAUUUCUACUCCAGUGUAGGAGGCCAUGAAGUAGAUUUAAGCACGCAGCAGGCCGCUCAGUCUUUGGGAACAACACCAUUUUGUACUUUUAAUGUGUUUUCAUGCCACUGUGAGACAGAGGAGCCUUCAAAGUCGAACACGAUCAGUUACAAGCUGCAGAGUGAUCUGGUUCAGAGUCAGUUGUGCCAUUAAUAAACUUUGCAUUCUUAACUAUCACACAAACUUAGUGUUAUAAUACACGCAAUGAUUUUUUUUGAAGAGGAACCUAUCAAAUGUCAUAAAGCUUAGCGACUUUCAAGCAUCAGGCCAAAGCCCUGUCUAAAAUAAAAGUGAUGCUGUGCCGCCACCUUGUGGCAGUGAUAGGCAGUGUUUGACUUUCUGACUUUUCAAUAAUCGUGGCAGGCUUGAGUCCCGAGCCCAUGUGUAUCACUGGAUAAAUCUGGUUUAAAAAAAAAACCCUGAAACUAAAUAAAAUAAACAAUGUCCAAAUACCCACUCUGAGAGAGAUCAGGAAGGUGUUGACAAGAUGACACCGUCAAUUGUGGCAAGACUUACUGGAGCCGUUUACGUCUGUCUGAGUUGCAUAAGAACACAUCUUGUGUUUUGUGGUACUUUUUGUUUAUUGACUUGCAUAAUACAACAAAAUCUACAUAAUAACAUGACCAUAAAGGAAAAUAUUGUGCAGGUGGCAUCAGAAAACCAGGUGGGGUUUAGGCAAGAUAAAUAUACAGUACAUGUCGGUACAAAAAUAUAUAUACAAGAGUAUACAAGAAACGUCAAGAAAUUAAGAAAAAUAAAAGGUGCUUCUCUCACAGCAUGUGUCAGUUUAAGAACGUGAUAGUCAACAUUUUUGGUGGGGGAGAAUGUUGGGAAUUGCUCUCAAUUUACCCACAAUAGGUGAAAAUAUGCCAAACAGAGAGAACAUAUUUUAAAAAAUGUUAUAUUGUUCAACCCUCUGAACCCCCCCCCCCACCCCCAACAUGCUUUAAACAAUUUUCCACUUAUUAAAAUGCAGAAACUAUUCCUUAGUGCCUGUUCUCAUUCUCGCUCUGUCCAAAAAUUUGGAGACUAUCAUACCAUAUCACUCUGAGGAAACCAAAAUAAGACUCUUCCGCACGCAGUUUUUCAAUUAGGAUUAUAUAAAUAAGUAAUUGGCCCUUGCUGUAAAAUUGACACCUAAAGUAAAAGAUUAUUCCGUUUCAAACCAUUCAACAAAACCAUACAGAAGAAUCAGCUGCUUGUUUAGAACAUACGGAGCGGCAUAAAACAAUAUUGAUAGGCAUAUAUUUUUUCUCUGCUUUGUGGGUACAUGGACUAUAAUGGAACCUACAUAAUUAGGGACCUUCUCUGCCUCUUUUUCUUCUUCAUUAUGUUGCAUCUCUUUGAAUGUGCCGUUCGUUGGCAAACUUCUCCAGUAAUUUUAAUGCUAUUCAUUUGCCAUUUUCAUUUCAGCUGCAUACCUUUUAGCUUAGCAUCUGCUUGAUAAAUAAGCAAGGAGUAGUCCUUCGACGCUCACUGAGCUGACUUCAAUAAUUUUUUGUUUUGUUUUUCCCAAGGGAUUAUUGGUUGAAAUUGUAUCGCUUUUAAGGGGUUCCACUUUGGAGGGUCCACUGUACGUCAGAAGAGGCGCUUAAAUGUGCUGUUGGAGUUCACAAAUAAAGUUGUCAGAAUAGAUUAGCUAUGCCUUGAAAAAAUAAGGCAGGAAACGGUUCACACUUUGGCUAUGUUUAAGUCUCUUCUCAUUCUAUCCUCCCUCUGUUUUCUAAACUGCCUGUUUUGUGGCCAGGACCCUCAAGCUAUUUUUAUCAUCAGUGUUAACUACCAUCCAUGUUUUCAACGAUCGCGAGCAAGGAAACACGAUGAUGUCUGUUACAUCUGAAAUUGUAACAAUGUUCGCAAAAAGAAAAAAAAAGUGUUUAUAUCUUUUAAAUUUCAAAACCAAAACACCAGAAGUAUCCCUUCUGCAGUGUCAUGUCACUGAUUGAAUGGUUUGGUGUGCUUGUGUCUGUAUGCUGUUUUAUUUGUGCUCGGCACAACCCUUCACACCUCACCUUUAA